AUGACUCCCAAAAAAGAAGCAAAGCGAAGAGAAGAGAUUCCAAUCGCCACGCCGGUAACAGGUCAACAUUUAUCAGAAUAUUCUUUUAUUAUUCAAAUGAGCGGAGAAAAGACAAGAUUAAAUAUUCAAAAACUACACCCGACACACUUAUCGGCAUCAGCUACUAAUGAAACAUUCUCAUUGGAAAAGUUUUAG